CUCUCAAGUAUUUUGUAUAAAUACCCUCAAAAUAGUUUCUCACACAAUAAAAAGGAAAAAUAAUAAUAAUAAAGAGAUCGGUGGUACAUUGCUUCGCAGGUGCUAGAUCGCCUUACCGGAUACCCGAUCUCCCCGUAAUCAUGACAACUUCAAGAAGACUUGCUGACAGGAAGGUGGUGAAGUUUGAGAAGAACAUUACCAAGCGCGGGGCUGUACAAGAGACUAGCACAAAGAAGGGAAACAAUUAUCCUGUUGGCCCUGUCUUGCUUGGGUUCUUUGUCUUUGUUGUCAUUGGAUCAUCGCUUUUCCAGAUAAUCAGGACAGCGACCAGUGGAGGCAUGGCUUAAUCAUCUUUUGAUAUAGUCGUCGUUAGGCUGUUUUAGUUUGUUCUUCCGAACAUUAUUAGACCCAGCGUUGCCUCUUCUAGGACUGUUGUUAACUAUGUUUUGAGGAACUUCGAAAGCCUUAAUAAAUUUUCUCCUUUGUUGUCUAGAGUACAGUUGUUUUCCAUCUUUGUUACUUACGUUGCUACAUCAUAGUGAGGUAUACCAAUUUAAUUUUAAUGCA